UAUAUACACGUAGGAAGCAAGAAAAAUGUCGGAGCAGGCGGGGACCAUAUCGAACAAGUCGGAUCAGACGAUAGUAUGCUAUUCUCCGACGAUGAUAACGACGAACGGGAUUUGGCAAGGGGAUAACCCGUUGGACUAUUCUCUUCCGCUCUUCAUUCUUCAAUUAACCCUAGUUGUUACCACAACUCGCCUUCUCGUUUUUGUCCUCAAACCCCUUCGACAACCUCGUGUCAUUUCCGAGAUUCUUGGAGGCAUAAUACUAGGACCAUCAGUACUAGGAAGAAGCACCAAAUUUGCCGACACAAUAUUUCCUCUACGAAGCGUAAUGGUUCUCGAGACGAUGGCAAACGUAGGCCUCCUUUACUUUCUCUUUCUAGUCGGGGUAGAAAUGGACAUCGGCGUAAUCAAACGCACCGGGAAACGCGCACUAGCAAUCGCAAUCGCCGGCAUGAUUCUUCCCUUCCUAAUCGGAGUCUCCUUCGCCUUCAUGCUUCAUCAGACAACCGAGCUUAUCGCCCUCGGCACUUUCAUCCUCUUCCUCGGGGUCGCGCUCUCCGUCACCGCGUUUCCCGUGCUCGCGCGUAUUCUAGCCGAGCUAAAACUCCUCAACACGGACAUCGGAAGGAUCGCCAUGUCAUCGGCCCUCAUAAACGACAUGUGCGCUUGGAUUCUACUUGCAUUCGCCAUCGCCUUGGCCGAGAACGAGUCCAUGUCGCUCGCUUCGAUAUGGGUGAUACUGUCGAGCGUGGUUUUCGUCUUGUUUUGUGUUUAUAUAGUGAGGCCGAUCGUUUCGUGGAUGGUUCGGCGAACUCCCGAGGGAGAAUCCAUUAGCGAGUUCUACAUUUGCCUCAUAUUGACCGGGGUUAUGAUCUCCGGCUUUAUAACCGACGCGAUCGGCACGCACUCCGUUUUCGGUGCUUUCGUUUUCGGGCUAGUGAUCCCGAACGGGCCGCUCGGUGUCACGCUUAUAGAGAGGCUCGAGGACUUUGUGUCGGGGCUUUUGUUGCCGCUUUUCUUCGCGAUUAGCGGCCUCAAGACGGAUAUCACUGCGAUACAUGGAUUCACCACGUGGGCGAUUUUAGGCGUGGUGAUCAUUCUUGCUUGCGCCGGAAAAAUCGCGGGGACGCUUCUCGUCUCUCUCUAUUACAAGAUUCCCUUCAAUGAAGGCCUCACUCUUGGUUUGCUUAUGAACACCAAAGGACUUGUUGAGAUGAUUGUUCUCAAUGUGGGUAAAGACCAAAAGGUUCUUGAUGACAAGUCUUUCGCAAUCAUGGUAAUCGUAGCGGUUGUAAUGACAGCGAUUAUCUCACCGAUCGUCACAACAAUAUACAGGCCAGCCCGUAAAUUCACACCGUACAAGAGAAGAACGAUUCAACGAACUAAACCAGAGGGCGAAUUCCGUGUCCUCGUGUGCAUCCAUACGCCGAGAAACGUGCCAACAAUCAUCAACCUCCUCGAUGCCUCCCACCCGACCAAGAAGUCGCCGAUAUGCACGUACGUCCUCCAUCUCGUCGAGCUAACGGGUCGAGCCUCCGCCAUGCUCAUCGUCCACAACACUCGGAAAUCGGGCCGGCCCGCCCUGAACCGGACGCAGGCUCAGUCGGACCACAUCAUCAACGCUUUCGAGAAUUUCGAGCAGCACUCGGGCUUCGUGUCGGUGAACCCGCUCACCGCGGUGUCGCCGUACUCCACCAUGCACGAGGAUAUAUGCAACGUGGCCGAGGAUAAGAGGGUGGCGUUUAUCAUCGUUCCGUUCCACAAGCAACAAACGGUCGACGGUGGGAUGGAGGCGACGAACCCGGCGUUUCGAACGAUCAAUCAGAACGUGCUUGCUAACGCCCCUUGUUCGGUCGGAAUCCUAGUCGACAGGGGAUUAAGUGGAUCAACGAGGUUGGCCGCGAACCAAAUAGCUCACCAUGUGGCCGUUUUAUUCUUCGGCGGGCCGGAUGAUAGAGAGGCGUUAGCGUACGGAUGGAGGAUGUGCGAGCACUCGGGGGUUAACCUAACGGUUCUACGUUUCAUCGUUGGAGAAAACGCGGUGGAGCCGGUGGCGGAGGCUCGUCGGAACCCUAGCCAACGAGAAAUGUUGACGGUCGCGACGGAAACCGAUAGGGAGAGACAGCUGGACGAGGACUAUAUAAACGCUUUUAGGGCGAGGACGAUGGAUGAUUCUUCGGUUGUGUACGACGAAAAAGUGGUGAAUCACGGGGAGGAGACGGUGGCCGCGAUAAGGUCGGUUGAUCCGGUGCACGAUUUGUUUAUCGUGGGGAGGGGGCAGGGUUUGAUAUCCCCGGUGACCGCGGGGCUUACCGACUGGAGCGAGUGCCCGGAGCUAGGCGCGAUCGGAGAUUUGUUGGCUUCGUCGGAUUUCGCGGCGACGUACUCGGUGCUGGUGGUGCAGCAAUAUGUUGGGAUUGAGGCUCUUGGGGAUGGGACAGCCGGAACGCCGGAUAGCCCUAAUCGACAACAUGAACAACAAAUCGAGUUUGGAAACAGACGGCCGCCGCCGCAGCCGCCGCGAGGACAAGCUUUCUUCCAACCGCAACCGUGA